AUGCUAGAUGGUCAAAUCAAGUGCAACUUUGACCCAAAACUGAUUGGGUAUUGGAAGCAAAUGGGUAUGCAAUUUUUGGAACAGGAAGUGAAAGGGCUGGUUCUCGGCUUCGGGGGCACCGAGGUCGAAUGCAAAGCUGAAAAGAUGUAUGAUGACGCGGUCAAAAUCGGGGAUAUGGCACAGGUCGACUGCACAUGGCGCAUUGAAUAUUAG